AUGGCUUCGUCGAUUGCGGUGCAGGUGUCGCGGGCCGUCGCCGUCUUGGCGCUGUUGCGGUCGAGGUCCGCGCUCGGAAGUCCGCACGGAAAUCUGUCGCCUCACGUUUACGCCACUGACGACGCAGUGACGCGCAGUCCCGGCGGCUUGCCCAACGCCACUACCGCCGACGUCAGGACGGACCACGCGAGACACAGCAGCUAUAAUGAUGCCUUCUCGGUGGACUAG